GUUUAUUAGACCAACACCUUAAAGCACACGUACACGGAAGCCCGUUUCUCGUGAUUCACAAUUCUUUACCAUCAUCUGUGACCCGACCAGGAGCUGAAACUGGUAGUAGACGACCUAUAUUACGCUUACGUUAUCAUACAAGUGGUGUCAUUAAGUGAAAAUGGUGACAGAAAUUGGGCACAAGAGACGGCGGUCUUCAAUCAUUCCCGAAAUAUUGAAUGGAGAGCCAAAUGGUGUUGGCAAUCUAAGGAUAGGAGCACGAUUCACUCCCAAAAGCAAAGAGCAUCAGCUAAUGAGCUGGGAUUACCUACAGAAAGUGGUGACAGCAGAUGAUCUAGAUAAGCUCAUACGGCAUCCCGAUUGUGAGAACGAGUACAUAGAUUGGGCAAAAGGUAUAAAGGCGCACUAUGGAGGACUAGAGAAUUACAUCGUGAAGGAACGACUAGGAUGGGAUAAGGGAGAUUUGCCAUUGGUAGAAAGCAAUGCAUCUCCCACGCAAUUCUUCAACGAUAUCAUCAUGAAUGAUUUGAGCAAUAUCAAAGUUGUUUUUAACGAUUGGCCAUAUGCCAUUCCACUAGAUUGCAAACAUUAUGUGGUAUGGUGUAAAUAUCCAAUCAUCUCGCCUGCCUUAUUUGCAUCGCCCGACACACCCUUUCCGCCGGGAAGAUCGCGAGAUGUACUUAUGAAAGCGAUCAUCGCAGAUGGAAUUCGAGGAGAGACUGGUAAUGUGGACAAGAGAUUGCCGAUCAUUGGCGAUAAGUCAUCAGAAAUCGUUAAGGAAGCGCUAGAAUUUCCGGAAAUGGCAAGCAAUCCUGCUUCGACAUCGCCUCUAGGAGAGACUGGAUUAGGACCAGCUUCUGAUUUGGCGGAAGCAGCUCACCUUUGGGCGGGAAGGUUUGUUAAAAAGUUUAUUGGUCACUUUUGGGAUCCUAGAGAGUACGAAACAGCGUUUUUCUGUAAUCCUGCUCAUUUGAGAACUGUACCGGGCAUAAGUCAUUUUCAUGUGAUCUCACGCAAAAAGCAAGCAGAGGAAUGACCAAGAUAGAAGUAGAAUAGUACUGACUGGCUGUCGGACGAUAGAAUAGAUUUUUCUUUGUAUUAUCUGUAUCUUAUACCAUUAAUGAUAUGUUUUCAUAAAAG